GGAGGCGUUCGGCACAAUGGGACUAAACCUCUGAGGAGGAGCACAAAGGGCCGAGGGGAAGAGGAGGAAUAAAGCCGAGGGAGGGGAAAGAAGGACAAAAGCAGAGGAGGAGGAGGAGGAGGAGGAACACAAGAAGGAGGGAAGAUUGUUGGCCGGUGCCGGGCGAGCAGGAGUGGGCGGAGACAGAGAGGGAGGGAGGGAGAUUUGAAAGGAGGGAUUUGCCGGAUCUGUCGGGGGUGCAUGCUCCCCCCUGAGUCCCCCCCUCCCGCUUGGACAUCCUCCUUUUUAUUUUUGUUUCUGCAUCACUGACGACAAAAGCGACAGAAUGACAGUAAGUUUGGGACGCCUCGGGGCCGGCAGGGGCCUCGAUGUGAGACUCCCCAGGACUAGAGCCUGGCUGCUGGGCCUGCUGCUGGCCGUGGCGUGCUGGUUCCCGCCGCCGCUGCGCGCAGACGUGGAGAUCGACGUGCUGGGGGAGAUGGUGUUCAUGGAAGGAGGCGGGGAGAGGGGCGACCUGGAGGCCUCCAUGCACACCUCGCUGCUUCAGGACUUUCAGGAAGUGACGGAGGGUCUGCGGCCGAUGGACGCCGCGGAGACGGGAGAGACCGUGGCGUCUCAGCAGAACACGGCCGCACCCACCGCCUUCCCGGACUCCUCGGCGGUCGUGGGGCGGAUCUUCCAGAUGACGGUGCCAAACAGGAUGGAGGAUGUUUACCUGGGAGAUAUCGUCAAGAUCACAGAGAUGGGGAAGGACUCGCUCCCCGCCUGGCUGCACUGGGACGCCAGCAGCAGACUCCUGCAGGGUCUGCCUCUGGAGGAGGACAAAGGUGUCCACUACAUCUCCGUCUCCAUCUCCAACCACAGCAAGUCCUCCUUGUCCUCAGAGGUGUUCUCCAUCGAGGUUCACCCUGAGGAUCAUCUGGACGCAGAUUCGGCCCAGCUGGCGUCCAACCAAGCCUCCAGCGAGGACGAUGUCCAGCCCUUCAUGUGUAGCAACGAGGAGCCGGUCACGGUGCUGACGGUGAUCCUGGACGCUGAUUUGACCAAAAUGAGCUCGGAGCAGCGAGUGGAGCUGCUGGACGACAUGAGGAGCUUCUCGGGGGUGGGGCUGCAGCACAUGAAGAUCCUCCCUGUGGUCAACAACAGGCUGUUCGACAUGUCUGCGUUCAUGGCGGGGCCGGGGAACGCCAAAAAGGUGGUGGAAAACGGCGCUCUGUUGUCCUGGAAGCUCGGCUGCUCGCUGGACCAGAGCACCGUCCCGAACAUACACAGCGUCCAGGGUCCUGCAAAGGAAGGCACCAUGUCCGCCAAGCUGGGCUACCCCGUGGUGGGCUGGCACAUCGCCAACAAGAAGCCCCACGUCCCUAAACGUGUGAGGCGGCAGUUAAACAACACGCCGACUCCUGUUCUGGCCGUGCUUCCUCCUACGACCGUGGUGGAGCCUCCGGUGAGGAUUAUUCCGACUCUUUCGUCGCCGUCCAUCGCCGCACCGACCGAAAGCUCUGCUCCACCUGUGAGAGGCCCUGUUCCUCUACCGGGGAAGCCGACAAUCAGAGUGCGCGACCCCAUCGCCCACACCCCGACGCUUGGACCCCCUCAGCCCACAAAAGUAAUGGAGACCACCAGCACCCUCCCCAUCCAGCCCACCAUGACCAGACCAACGUACACAGAGGCGACCGCCACGCCGCCUGCACCAACCAGAAGACCCACCAAGAAACCCAAGAGACCCAAAACCACACCGGUGCCCAGAGAGCCAAAGACUUCCACCGUGAAGCCGUCCAGGCGCACCACACCGUCACCCGCCAUCAUCCCGGACCCGUACAACGAGAAGCCCGUCCUGCGUAACCCCAUCGACCAGGUCAAUGCGCUGGUCGGCACAUAUUUCGAGGUGAAGAUCCCGUCUGAUACGUUCUUUGAUAAAGAGGACGGAACAACCGACAAGCUGCGUCUGACGUUGAGGCAGAACCACAACGAAGUGGUCGGCGAGGGCUCCUGGAUCCAGUUCAACACCACCAGCCAGCUCCUGUACGGCCUGCCUGACGUCGGGCACGUCGGGAAACACGAAUACUUCAUGCAGGCGACCGACAAAGGCGGCCUGAAUGCCAUUGAUGCUUUUGAGGUGCGUGUGAGCCGCUGGCCCACCAACGACAAGACGCCUGUGAUCUUCACGGCCAGAUUCGACGGUGAGCCGCGGUCGAUAACAAACGACAUCCACAAAAAGAUCCUUCUGGUGAAGAAGCUGGCGUACGCGCUCGGGGACCGCAACAGCAGCACGGUCAGUCUGCGAAACAUCAGCAAAGGCUCCAUUGUGGUGGAGUGGACGAACACGAGCCUCCCGCAGCACCCGUGUCCAAAGGAACAGCUCACAGCCAUGAGCCGGACGCUCGCCACUGCUGACGGGAGACCCACGCAGACCUUCAGGUACUCCAUGGAGCCUGAGUUCAGACCACUGGAUGUCACGGUGAAGGGCAGGGCGGCGUGCAGGACGCACUCCUUCAUCCCGCCGGGAGAGAUCGAUAUACCAGAACCCCCACCGAUCACUCCCGCUCCGGGCACGGGCCGGCAGAGCACGGACGACGUCUAUCUCCACACAGUCAUUCCUGCUGUGGUGGUGGCGGCGAUCUUGUUGAUAGCGGGCAUCAUCGCGAUGAUCUGCUACAGGAAGAAACGGAAGGGCAAGCUGACCAUCGAGGACCAGGCCACCUUCAUCAAAAAAGGCGUGCCCAUCAUUUUUGCGGACGAACUCGACGACUCGAAGCCGCCUCCGUCUUCCAGCAUGCCGUUGAUUCUUCAGGAGGAGAAACCGCCUCUCCCGCCGCCCGAGUACCCCAACAUGGCCACGCCGGAGACCACCCCGCUCAACCAGGAGCUGCUGGGGGAGUACACAGCUCUGCGGGACGAAGACCCCAAUGCGCCUCCCUACCAGCCGCCGCCUCCCUUCACCACUCCCAUGGAGGGAAAAGGCUCCCGUCCCAAGAACAUGACGCCAUACAGAUCGCCACCUCCCUACGUGCCGCCCUAAGACUUGUUCCGCCCUCCCCUCGCAGGGUGGAGGGAGAGGACGCCUGAGGAACUGCGACGGUUUCCAUUCUGGUGUUUGUCUGUCUGGACAUUUACAGGGAGCGACGACAAGAGGUGCUAAAGUACAAAAACAGCGAUGGGGGACUUUCGGCGUGGGCGGGGGCGUUUCACAGAUGGGAUGAUUGGUUGAACCAGCUGGGAGGGACUACUGUUUUUAGUGGUAGCCCAGCGACUAACGUGGCCUAAGACAAACAAAUUCUCGUCACAUUGGCUUUUGGAUCGACCAGUUGCGACGAUUGGGAGACGAGCUCUCCCUUCCCAGCAUUCAUUUCUUCCUCUGUUGGCUUUUAUUUUGGAUUUCUCAUCAUUAUCCCGAGGUUCUUCUUCUUUUUUUUUCUUCUUCUGGACUGAAUCGUUUGCCUAACAGCUCUUUUGUCUUGCUUUUCGAUAACACGAGGAGACAUGAACUGCCAUCAGACCACUGCAGGCAACAACUUUUUACCGAGGAGAUUCUCUGAAAACACAAAAUCCACCACAAGGAUCUCAGAUCACCCUGCAGACGACACAAGAGGACGGGAGGCCGAGGUGUGUGUGCGUGUGCGUGUGCUUGUGUGUGCGUGUGAAUGAGUGUUUAUUCAGAUUCAGUACGGUUUGCCUUUUAACACUAGUUGUCUGUUUCUAUCCUUAUUCACAAUGUCUAGUAAAGAUGAGAAUAACAAGGUAGCCUAAAAAGAUUUAGAGAAGAAUAAUAAAAUAAUUUGUUUGUUUCAUUGGUUUUAAAUUCACUGUAUUUCUGAAAGAUAGAUAUUUUUUUGGUGGUGGUGGUGGUGGGGGGGCGGGAGGAGAGGGACUGCCUCGCUGAAAUGACCUGCAGGAGCUCUUUUAUUCCUGUUUUAUACGACGAUAGGUCAAUUACAGCCCAUUAGAUGGAAAUCUCACCGUCCUCUCGGUUGCCCUCAGCAGAUCUAACGGGCUCGAUAAGGUGGCAGGAAACUGUGUGGGAGGAGGUUAAUGUGAGAAAACUACUGUUUUUAGUAUGGAGGAGAUUAUCUGACUGACUUGUCAUUGCAGGAUUUGCAAAAUAUGUAGAUUAAUGCAGAUUUCUGUUUGUGCGAUUUUCUCAGACCAUCGUGAUGAUGUGAGCUCAACAUUGUGUUCAGUAUCAGCCUGAACCUUAAACUCUAUAUAAAGAUGGACAGCACGUCCCCACUUACACAAUAUGACACAAUAUGAUAUGAGUCGAUACGAUGCGAUAUGAAAAGAUAUACUUCAUUUGCGCAAACAUUGCACAUAACACAUAUUAAACUCACCCCGUAAUAAAAACACAACAAAACUAUGAAGUGUUUUCUGGUGGAAAUGCUCGAAAAGGUUCAAAAAGAGGUGGAUUGGAACCUGUUUCAUGUUGGUGGAAAAAGUAGUUAACAAUGGACAUCCUCUAAACCACCAAUACAGCCAGUUAGUAACUCAAACUGUUGCCAAAUCCAGUCAGAAAAAAGGUGAAAACGUCUCAUUUUUCCUCCAAAAAACGCAUCUUCUUGUUCUUGUUUAACUGUUAUCGACUCUGUUUCUGCAGUUACUUCACAUAUUGCUCCGUUUGUUGACGUUAGUUUGAGCCGUAUUCACUGUUCUGCAGCCCACAUUUUACGUCUUUAACUACAACGCAGAACCUGAUUUUCCCGUAAUGGUUUUUAAUUUCUGGCUUUGAGGCGACAGACUGACUCGGAGAGCGACGCAGAUGAGCUGACGUCAUGCGGAUGGUCUCAGCAGGCUUCCACAGCGUUUCCUAAAGUUAACAAAACUAUAUUAAAAGUGAAAGUUCCUCCCUAAACACACGUUCGCUGACAGGAAAAGGAGCCCUUCAGAUUAUUUUGGAGCAGGGAUAAUUAUUUUUUUAUGUAACGAGGCAGUUCUUCUCCCAGGUCAGAGAAACUGUGUGUGCCAUUCAGAUGGGAUUGUACAGAUUCUCAUAUUUUAGAGGUCACAGAGGAGAUGAUCGAGGCCCAGAUCCAGGAGGAAGAAAGAACCUUGAAUUAGCUCACUGAAAAAUCUCCUUCUAAUUUUUUUACCGAGUUUUUGAUACAGCCUCAAAUCGUUUGAUUAUUACAAGAAAAUGAAUGAUUAUUCUUCUGUGAUUUGUAAAAUCUUAGCCUAGAAGUUCGAUUAUGAUUCAAAUAUGUACACUUUUCUUUUCUUUUCUUUUCUUUUCUUUUCUUUUCGUCAUGGGUCACAUUUUUAAAGUGUUUUAUUUUAAUCGUGUGUGUUUGCAUAUCAAAAUGUAUCUCCCACUAUACAAAGAUGGAAUGACCCAUAUUUUAUGUAAUCACAAAUUUUAUUUUUAUGUCCUUAUGUUUGCUAAUGAGUUUCAACUGAAAGUGACCCUUUGCAAUAAUAAUGUAAGGCGCAGUCCACUCGGUGGCUGGUCGAUGCAGGCUCGAGCAAGUGACCUGUCAUAAUCUUGUUGGUUUUUGCAGGAUGCCAAGGCUUUUUUGCUUAUCGAGUGUGCAUUGUCAUAAUAAAACCAACUGGUACGAUGAAAAAAA